UUUCCUGACCUCCGACUGGACUCUUGAGGGAACCGAGACCCAGUCGGGGGGAGAACUUGCCCGAGGUCGCUGUGGUAGAGUCAGGAUUGGAUAACGGAAUCUCUCCUAAAAAAAAGAUCACGAUGUGUGAAGAUUUCAUCCUGGAGUUGGUCACUACAGCAAAAAAAAAAAAAAAAAAAAAAAAAAAAAACAGAAACGACCUUAAUGCCCACUGAGAGGCAAUCAUUAGAUAAAUUAUGAGGUGGGGUCUCACUAUGAGAAGGAAACACUUAACAAAGCAGGAUUUGCAAACAAAAGAGAUGAGCGAACUCCAUGCUGCUUUUCAGGACAACUUUGCUGCAAGCUCUCAGAAGGCUCACUCUACACCUGGCCUGUGUUGGACACUGGGGAGUAGCUGAGGAAGCCAUGCUCUGUGUGCUCAAGAAGGUGGCCCAGGCGGGAAUGCAGUGGUGCAAUCAUAGCUCACUGGAGCCUUGAACUUCAAGACUCAAGCAAUCCUCCCACCUUGGCCUCCCAAAGUGUUGGGAUUACAGGCGUGAGCCACUGCACCUGGCCCUUCCUGGGGCUUCUAUCCAAAUGUAAGGUUUGUGCUGGGACCACCCGUAGGAAAUUGCCACCUUGUGGGUAAUGCGGGAAUUACAGAUCUAGAAAUGACAAUGUUCCUUAUUUCUCAAUUCAGUAUGUAUUUCCUAAUAAUUUCAAGCUGCAGUGCUGGAAUAAGGAGCCAUCUAUCAGGUGGAGAGAACAGAAAUGCAUACAGAAGUCACUGAAUGUUCAGAGGUAUGCCUGAAGCAAUAGGUUGGUGAGGGAGGACAUUGAAAGCUUCAGAGAUGACACCUGCACUGAGCCGGGUAAAAAGUGGUCUUUAGGGGCCAUAUUCACUUUCCAUCCUGCAGCACGGGAUAGGAAAGGACUCAUGCAAGGUCACACAGCUCUUCAGGGCAGGGCUGGGGCAAGCACCCAAGUUUCUGGGUAUCUCAGCCCCGAGCUCUUUCUUAUAUAUGGUUGGCCUUCAGUUUAAAUGGAUCCCACUCCUGGUGCUCUAGAAAUGGCUUUUGCAGAAUCUGAUCUUCUGCUCCUGACUAUUCCCAGGCCCCGUCAUGGUAAUUGGUCACAGCCAGCUUUCUGAUGCAGUCAUCUCUUCCUUUGUGAUCUGCAUUCUGUCUAUGUGAAACUGCAAAACACUAAAACUCUCCCUAGGGUGAAUACUGUGCUGCAGCCAGGAUCUUGUCCUCCCUGGGAAGAAGAAACAAGCACGUGUGAAAAUAAGCCAUCAAUUUACAUACCAAGGUGAAAUUCGACAGAACUGUUUAGGGUAAAGACCUUGAGGCCCAUGAAGAAUUUCCUUGUGGGUAAAUUAUGAGAAAGGUGGCUGCCUUUCCAGUGUCCCCAGAACAGUUGGUGACAACUCAAUAAUGAUUCUUCCUUAAUGGUAUGAAGAGAGGAAUUGUAAAAUUGUGAGGAAACUUGCCACAAUCAUCCAAUAAUUUAAAAUAUCCAUUUGAAGUCUGGGAAAUGGAGCCAGGAGGCACAUUGCGGAUGGGCACUUCUGGAAGUGAUAGCAUCUCUGUGUACCUAGAAGGAGAAGAGCUUUGCAAUUAUUUUCUAUGAACCAUCUGACAGAGAUGUAUCAAGAACUGCUUCUUUCAGUGAAGGAGACAGCCUGGUUUCAGAGGAAAUACAUUUACCGUGUUUCUUUGCUUUUAGACAUCCAGCAAAAGAGUCUGUGAGAGGACAGCCUGUGUAGAAGACAGUUUUGUCUGCAUGGUGAUUCAUGGAUCCAGAUGCCUUCCAUCCUGUGAUUCCAUAUCCUUUAGAACCUUAGAGUCCAACCAACAGAUGGGGAAGGAGAAGGUGGGAAAGACACGCUUGUUCGUUGGCCAUCUUGGCAUAGAAGUGACAUACAUCACUUCGGCUCACACUCCAUGGGUGAGACCUAGUCCAUGUCUGUCCCUAGAUGCCAGGGUGGCUGGGGAGUAUGGCCUGGGAUGAAAAUAUCCUUACUUUAUGGAAAGGGAGCAGGAACGCCUGAUGGACAGCUAGCGGGUCCACCAUGUGGUUGGAAUUCAGUUCUGAACUUGUCUCCAGCCUCUUCUUCCCACAAAUGGGCUGCCUUGUUUCCAAGAGAAUCUAGAAGCCAGUGCUCCUAGUGUAUUGCCUUAAGGCAGAGUCCUAGUUUAUUGCCUGUAGUAAUUUUUACACCUGACCAAAGGGGCCAUGGCUGCUCAGCAAAGCUCCGACAGCUCAGGGGGAUGGUGCCCACAGCAGGAACUUGAAAGGGCCAGCAAGAGCCCAGGAGAGAGGAAAUAGGAGUGUAAGUCCUACGUCUGCAGCCUGAGAAGGGGAGCUGAAGAGUCAGCAGUGUUCUGGAAUGAGGAAGCAGGCUGCCUGCUUGCUUUCAUUUCUUAGGUAAAUAUUUGCUAGAAGUUUGCCUUUUCUCUGAGUUUUUCGGUGCUGUGACGAGAACUGGGCAGAACAUCAGAAGCAGUGACACUCAAGAGCCCUGAGAAACCCGAAGAACAAUUGAGAGAAGCCUCCUUUGCCAACGCGUUGCCCACCAGGGCUGCACGUGGUACCCCCACUCCAAGAUGCUUCCCGAAAACACCAGGACCAGGCAGUUAAAUGGCACCUGUACCAGCUCGGUGGACAUGGAGCUCUUCCUUCAUUACUCCCUCAUCCCAUCACUCUUCAUCAUUUUGAUCUUGUCCUUCCUCCAAAGACGAGAGCAUCGUAGACAGAGAGAUGAUACCUCUUACCUGCUGGGUAACCGCUUUGGCAUUAUCAUGCCUCUGGACUUCGUGGGCACUUUCAGUAACCGAUGGUCCUAUGGAAUCGCCUUUGGGGCCACAGCUAAUAAGGUCAUGUUUUUGUUCUCAGAAGGCUACCAGCCCCUGCAGAUCCCGCAGUGGGCCCAAGCCUUUGAGCUUCUGAUUGGAGGCAUUGAAGUCGGCCUGUCCCACUUCCCCUUCUUUGCCUGCCUCUCGUCGGAGUUCCAGCUGGUCAGCUCCAUCCUGGGCUUCUGCUACUCUCUGAUCUGGUUUGCUGUCACUGUUCUUCAAGUUUCACAGUGUCCCCAUGGGCAGUUUGUGGGGAAGUAUGAGACCCUCAUGUUUUACUGGCCCUCGCUGCUGUGCCUCGCCUUCCUGCUGGGCCGCUUCCUGCAUAUGUUUGUCAAGGCUCUGAGGGUGCACCUCGGCUGGGAGUUCCAGGUGGAAGAAAAGUCUGUCCUGGAAACGCACCAGGCAGAGCACGUCAAGCAGCUCCUGAGGACACCCCGCCCUCAAGAGAAAAAAAAGUCUUGGUUCCAAACCAGGAUAUAUGAGUGGGAUCCCUGCUUUCAAUUUCCAAGCAGAAUGAUUGGAACCAUUGUGUUGGCAUUCAUUUGCCUGUAUCUUUUCAUUGUUAUCGAGUUCUGCGUGUUUGUGUAUGUGAGAGAUGAGUUGGAGGUGUUUGAAAACAAGCUGGAGAGCUACAUCACCUUCACGAACCAUUCAGGGGUCCUGACCCCAGUCAUCCUGCAGGUGAAAGAGCUGAUCAGCAUCACCAAAGGAGUCUGGGUGGCUACCAUUUUGCCUGCCUCUCUCACGUGUGUGAGCUAUCUGUUCCACAUUUUGGUCUGUUACAGAAAGCACAUAAAGAGGCUAUGGGCAGGAGAUAAACAUUUUCUUCCUUUGAAGUUCCAUAACCCGGCCUCCUCAGCGAGCGUGGUGGCCAUUGCAAGGUACUCUGGCUGGCAAAUAGCCUAUAUACUAUGGGGCUACCUCAUCAUUCACGUGGUGCAGAGCCUAUGUGGCAUGGCAAUCAUGUACGGCCUGGUGCUGCCCAUCGUUCACAACCAGGGCCUGGAGAUGCUGCAAGGGCUGGGCAUCGGGAUCCUCACCAUAUCCAUUGUCGUGGGUCUGAUGAUCCUGCAGAUGUGGAUUGCUGCCAGCUUCUUCCUACAGCCAAAACUGGGCACAGCUGACAAGCAAAAGCCCCUGGCUCUCAACAACAGGAAAGCGUUCCACAACUUCAACUACUUCCUGUUCUUCUACAACGUGCUACUGGGCCUGGGUGCCUGCCUUUCCAGACUGCUCAUCAGUUGCCUCCUUGGCACGUGGCUGAUUGCCCGCAUCGACAGGACUAUCAUGCAGAAUGGCUAUGAGGGAGCAGACAUGGGGUUCAGUGCGUGGAUCGGGAUGCUCUAUGUGGACCAUUAUCACACCAACCCUGUGCUCGUCAGCUUUUGCCACAUCCUGAUCGCAAAUCACAAGGAGAAGAAACUGCAGCAGACCACCAAAUACUGGUGCCUAAAUCAAUCGGCAGGUCCCCGUGUCUCAGCUAGGUCCAGAAUAAGGUGGUUCCUGUUGCAGACCCUAAUCAACAACCCAAGACUCAUCAUACACAGAAAAUUAAAAUCAGGGCACAGUUCCCAGGAAUCCCAAAUUCUGAUGCCAUGCUUGGAGAGCUGACGCUGGCCCCCAUCAUCUGCUCCAAAGCCAGGCUAGGACAUCUGCCACCAAGAGAGGGCUCAAUCUAACCAGAAGCUGUCCCCUGCAAUGAAAUGGGAUGGCACAGCACCAUCCAUGCAGAUGGCAGACAAUAUUGGCCACUCAUGGGAUGGCCACAUGGGCUGAGGAAUGAAGUCUCAGGACUAUUUCACUCCCUUGGCAAAAAAGAUUUAAAAACUAAAGAAAAAUCUGUUGAACAAACUGCCCAUUAAUGACUUCCACUAUCCGUUGUGGUUAAGCAUCCUUGGAGAGUUACCUGUUAAAAAGCACUUAGUUUACCUACAAAGCAGAAUUUUAUGUCAAUGGAGAAGGUGGUAAAAUGUAUACAUCAGGAGAGUUUAACCAUCAGAUCCCAUUUUUCUCUGGAACAGAAUGUGGAUUUCAGUAUCCUCAUUGCUUCCUUCUUGCCAGGCUUUAUGGUGGAUGCGAGAGAAGGAAAUCCAUGAUCCUGGCCCCAAUGUUGUUGGACAAGCAGGUACACAACAGGCUUUCUCUCCCAUUGCCACUGGGAUGAGGAAUGGAUCAGAGCUAACUUGGGCCUUAGUCAUAAAGCAGAUGCACAGAUUCUCUCUAAUAAGGGUGGGAUUACUUGGAAAAGGCACCUGUCUGAAGAUACAAAGACAAGGUAGGCAGGUAUUCUAGGUGGGGGAUCACAAGAGUAAAGUUGUGUGAGCAAGCAAGCCCCAAGCAUGUUUGAGGAGGGUGAGUCAUGUGACAUGUCGUGGUACAGAGCUCUAGGGGCUGGCCAGGACCAUCCCAAGAAGGGCCAAACGUUGUGCCAGGAGGCUUGGACAUUUGUCCUGUGCAAAGCCCAGUACUUAACCACAUUUCAUGCUGAAGCACAAAAACCUGGCCCAGGACCUGUGCAAAAUCUGUCCAUUCAAAAUUCCUUAUGAAGCUUCUGCAGUUAUAAUGAGGAUCCCACCAACAGGGCAAAGGGAAAUCCCCAUUCCCCUCAUGAGUCCAAGAGCAAUUGUAAUUCAGUUGUUAUUGUUAAGCACCUAGUGUAAACCUAGUCCUGUUGCUAGGUGUUUGCCAGCAUUGUCUCUUUUUAGUUUAAUCUCUAACUGAGCUUUAUCAUCUUGCUUUUUAGAAACUGAGAAAACCAAGAUUCAAAGUGUUGGGAUUCCCAUGCCACCACUUUGUAGGUGUCUGAUAGCAGCCCAAUUACUUUGCCUUUAUUCACUUUUCUUAUCUAUAAAAAGACAGUAAUACCCCCUAACACCUAAAAUUGUUUUGAGGAAAAAAAUGAGUUAAUAGAGGCAAACACUCUUAAGAUAGUGUCUCACACAUCCCAAACUCUCAAUAGAUAUUAGCUAUUGUUAUUUGUCAUAUAACACUUUGUGAUGAUCUGAUUAAUAUCUGCUCACCCUCUCACUAAAAUAUCAGCUCCAUAAAGAAAGAGGCCUUCUCAGGUUUUGCUCACUAUCACCAAGCACAUACCUAUAACAUAAUAAGAUCUUGGAAUCAAUAAAAUAAUGAGAUCAAGAUGAAUAAAUCUUUUGACUAUGAAUUCACUUACCAAAAUCAAUCCUGGCAUCAUGGUGUGAAUGAAUAGUGAGUGAAUACCCAUUGGAAACCUUGCAGUGAAUUGAGGAGGCUAAUAUGUAAACAGCGCUCUGUGAUCCAACCCACUGCAUGUAAUAACAUCAGCUUGUAUAAGUUCUAUGGAGACUUGGAAAAGAAAACUACUAAUUCUGCCUGUGAAAAGUUAGUGAAGAAUUUCCAGAGGAAGCGACAUGGGAGCUGGAUGUGACAUAGGGCAUUCUUAUUUGUGUUGGGGAAAAGGCAAGGCAUACCUUCCAGCUUUGAAGUUUCCUGGGAGUUUGGAGAUCAUGCUAGAUGAAGACACUCAACAUGAAGAAGCUUUAUUUGGGACCACUAGGCCUCAUUGCUUUCUAGGGAUCAGAUGAGGUAGACACAGAAUGUAUUAACAGAAGCAUAAUAUUUAAAAGAACCCAGUGUCAAUCUUAGGUAGUAGAGCUUCAGGACUACCUGUUCCCAUGCCACCGUCAGGCAGGCUCAGACAAGACACCAAGGGUGUCUGAAGACCCUGGGUAGCCUUCAAGGUCACAGGCAUGAACACAACCUGAGGAACUUGUGAGACAUAUCAAAAGAACCAACAUACACAUUAUAAGAGUCCCAUUAGGGGAAGAAAGAGAAAAAUGAGAAGAAAAAUAUUUGAAAAAAUUAAUGGCUGAAAACUUUCCAAAUUAAAUGAAAGACAUGAAUCUACACACCCAAGAAGCUUAAUGAAGCUGGAUAAACUCAAUGAGAUAUACACUGAAACACAUUAUAGCCAAGUUGUUGAAAAUCAAAGAUGAAGAAAAAAAUCUGGAAAGAUGCAAAGGGGAAAAGACUCAUCACAAGUGAAUGAUCUUCAAUAAGAUUAACAGUGGAUAUCUUAUCAGAAACCAUGAAGGGCAGAAGGUAAUGUGAUGAUAUGUUUUAACUGAUGAAAGAAAAAACUGUCAAUCAAAAAUUUUAUAUUUGGAAAAUUGUAUCCUUUGAGAGAAGAAGAAAUUCAGAUAUUUCCAGAUAAACAAAAGUCAAGGUAGUUUUUCACUAAUAGACCUGCCAUAAAAAUAUUUUAAGUGAGUUCUUCAUGCGGAAGUAAAAGUAUAUAGUACCUCAAAGCCAUGUGAAGAAAUAAAGAUCACUGAUAAAGGCACCUUCAUUAAUAAAUAGAAAACCCAGUA